AUGCCACCGUACGGUCACAAGUAUGAAAACUCCGUCGGUCAUGGAGGAAGCCUUCGAUUAUCUGCAAAUAUCCCGAGAAAUGUCAAUGAGUUGCGGACUAGUUUGCCGAAAACUCCCUCAAAUGAUUCCGAUGGACCGGAAGCGGUUCGUUAUGCUGCACCGCCGAUUCAGACAGGAAGCCGUAUUCGUUUUGCUGCACCCAAAGCGGAGCCCCUGCCCCCUGCACCGAAGGAUAUCCCUUGCAUGACUCUGACGGAUCCGUAUGAUGAAUUGACUUACUUUGGUGAGGAUUAUGCAAUUUGGGAACCAGAUUCCUCUCCUACGAGACCGCUGACCAGCUUUCGCUAG